UGCGAUGCUCCCCGGGAUGGGUCCUGUCGCCUUCCUCCUCCGGUGCCUUCUGCUCCUCUUCGCCGCCGAGAGCCGAGCCCGGGCUCGGCCGGGGGCGCUGUGCCAGUUCCAGGGUCGCCGCUUCAGCCCCGGGCACAGCUGGCAUCCGAGCCUGCGGCCGCAGGGCACCGACCCCUGCGUGCGCUGCCGCUGCGCACAGAAUGCCCACGUCAGCUGCUACCGAAUCCAGUGCCCAGCUCUGCCCUGCCCCCACCCCGUCACAGACCCCCAGCAGUGCUGCCCACGCUGCCUGGCUGUGCCCUCCGAGGUGCCCCCCGCAGAGGACUGGCUGCAGGUGCCCAGGGGAGCUCUCCGACAGCGGCGCUCCCAGGAGCAGUGCUCGGGGGAAGCCCCGGGCAGGAAGCCAGCCGGAGCCUCCCCCUCUGCCGUCCUCCCCUCCGCCCUGGAGCUCAUUCCCAGGAGCUUCAGAGCCGAGGGCGGAGGAGGCACCACGGUGCAGAUCGUCCUGACCGAGAGGCAGGAGAAAGCUUGUGUCUACCAGGGCCAGAGCUACUCGCACGGGGCCGUGUGGCAUCCCGCCCUGCGCCCCCACGGCCUCCUGCCCUGCGUCCUCUGCACCUGCAGGGAUGGCCUCCAGCACUGCCGGAGGCUCUCCUGCCCCGGGGCAUAUCCCUGUGCCCACCCCCAGGCGCUGCCUGGCAAGUGCUGCAAGGUGUGCCCAGCAGCCAGUGCCAAGCCCCCGGAGGUGGCAGCCCCCCCCCGCUGUGCCCACUCCCCCCCCCGCCGUGCCCUGCCGGUGCCCCCCAGCUCAGUGCCCCCCAGGGAGGUGCUCAGGAGCAUGGCAGAGCAGAGGGAGCCUGCAGGGGAGCUGGAGAUCCACAGCUGGCAUCUGACCCAAGGUCUCUGGGGGUCGCUCAGAGCCCGGAGCCAGGAGCCGGGGGGCACACGGGGCGCCGAGGAGGACUCCCAGGACCUGUAA